ACAUUGUCCCAAAUGGAGGGGCCUUAGCUCUCUCUCUCUCUCUCUCUCUCUCUCUAUCUAUCUCUCUCUGAGCUUCUACUCUGCUAAAACCAAAGAGCUUCUAAAUCGCUUUGUACUACUUUUUUCCUCUCUUGUUUUCUUCUUCCUUGUUCGUCUACUGAUCCUUUAAAAUUUCUUCAGUCUGCCUCUUUCUCUCUCGUUGGCCUGGUUUAGUUGCUCGGAAGGAACUGAAAGAGAAGCAACUUGAGUUCUGAAGGUGAAUUUGCAGGUUAUAGAUAAAAAGUAGGAAGUUUACGUUUAUGCAUCUGAAUUCUGAUGUCUCCACCACUGCACGGUGUUGGGGAGGAUGAGGGUCAAAGCAAUGUUACAGUGUUGACUUCCUCACCUUCCAUGGAGAGUGAAUUGAAAGAGCGUAACUACAUGGGAUUAUCGGACUGUUCCUCGGGGGACUGCUCGGUGGUCUCCCCUGCAUCUGAUGAGAGUAAAAGAACCCUGAAUCUGAAAGCUACAGAGUUAAGGCUUGGGCUUCCUGGAUCCCAGUCACCUGAAAGGGACCCAGGACCAAGACAAAGCUCAGCUCAACUGGAUGAGAAGAAACUUUUUCCGCUGCACCCUUCCAAUGAUGUUCACUACAAUCAUUCGCUGAAAACUGUUGUAUCGGGAAACAAAAGAGGAUUCUCUGAUGCCAUGAAUGGUUUCUCGGAGGGAAAAUAUAUGACUAAUGCGGAUGUAAAUUUGGUGCUGUCGCCUAGGCCUAUUUCAAAUAUGGGACUGAAAACGGGUUCUGCGCUUGAUAACAUUGGGACUCAGCCAUCUAAAGUCAAAGACUCUGCCCCGCCAAAGAUACCACAAGAGAGGCCACGUGCUGCAAAUGAAAGUAGAUCUACCCAGAAUGGUUCUGCAAAUAGUAACGCACCUGCAUCAAAGGCACAGGUUGUUGGUUGGCCACCUAUAAGAUCAUUUCGGAAGAACUCAUUGGCUACUACCUCAAAGAACACCGAUGAAUUAGAUGGACAAUCGAGCACUGGGGCUCUUUAUGUCAAGGUCAGCAUGGAUGGGGCUCCCUUUAAGAGAAAAAUAGACUUGAAAACUCACUCUGGAUAUCAGGAUCUGUCUUCUACCCUUGAGAAGAAGUUCAGCUGUUUCGCCCUGGUGUCAGGUCAAUGCGGAUCUAAUGGAGCGCUGAACAAGGAGAUGCUGAGUGAGAGCAAGCUUAAGGAUCUGCUUCAUGGCUCCGAAUAUGUUCUCACAUAUGAGGACAAAGAUGGUGACUGGAUGCUUGUGGGUGAUGUUCCCUGGGAAAUGUUCAUUGAGACAUGCACAAAGAUGAGGAUUAUGAAGGGCUCUGAUGCCAUUGGCCUAGCACCUCCAAGGGCUAUGGAGAAGUGCGGGAACAAGAACUAAGCAAGGAAGAAGCACCAUUGAUGCUAUCCAUCCAACAAUCUUUGAAGGAUUUGGAAGACAGGGUGAAAGGUAGAAAGCACCAGAACCCGAUAUGUUUGAAGUUUGAGGUCUUAUGAGAUGUUGGAUUUGGAUAGGACAUCAAGCUUACUGCUAUUUUCAUAUUAUUGUUAUGUUUAUAUUUGCAAUGAGUAAUUUUCUGUGAGUUCGUCUCUAGAUUGUUAACAUUAUGAAAAAUUCCUAAAACCAAAGACUUAUUGUCUUUGCUGUCUGUGGUCAUGUUCGUGUUUCCGCACAGGAAACCUCUUAUAGUUUGUAUUGUUUGUUGAAUGUUGUCAUGUAUGCCUGUAUGAUCUAAGACCGGCAGGUUUUCUAUCAACUUGACUGACUCAAAAUCAAUGUUUAAUUAGUGCAUGCAAGUAUUGUCUAA